AUGAAUAAUCUAGGGCGCCGGAAUAAACCACUGUCAUCAACACCAAUGUCUAUGGGACAAGAUAAAAAACCUAGUACAAUGGUUCUAAACUUGGACAAGGUUUCUAUUAGAGAAGAUGAGCAUUUAUUGGUCAACGAAAUUCAAAAAGAAGUUCCUAUGAAAUAUCAAUUAAAAUCAUUAGAAGAACCAGCUUUAUCACAAAGACUAAAUCAAUUAUCUGUGACUUCUCAUCACACACCUGAACAUCUCAUUAGUGUCAAUGAAGAUGAUGCGGAAAAUAUCCCCUAUUAUCUAUCAAAAGAAAGUGAAUCUUUUCAAAAAAUGACCGGCAAUUUAUCAUCCAAUGAAUUGGUCGAAAAAUUACGGCAAAUGGCCAUUGUGAUACAUGAACUUUUUAUGAUCGAUUUACAAAAAUCACUUUGGACAAUCUAUUUGAAGUCAGGUACAGGCCAGCUCCAAUUAAAUCAAAUGGAUCAUGAUCAGCUUAGUCAUCCACACCUUUGGCCCAUUGAAGUGCAAAAACUUAUGCGUCAACAAUCACUUGAUAGCACUGAUAUGGCUGCAUGUUUAACUUACGUGACACAACAUCUUGAUGAAUUAGAUGAUAAAAUGAAACAAUGUCAAACCAAAUAUAAUAUGAUGAAAAACCAAUACUUCAAUUAUGUACCAAAAAUACAAACAUUUGUUCACCAACAACUUGAAUCUGCUCGAUUGGCAACAGAACAACAAAUUGCCAUUGUUCACUACAAUUACAAUGAUCAUCUCUUCGAAUUAAAAUUUAUGGCCUAUAAUCCAACUCCACAACAGAAACAAACUGUGGAAACAUUAAAUCAUGCAAAAUAUCAAGAACAAAUAACUACACAGGAAUUGAAUUUAUUGAAAUAUCGCAUUUCGAUUCAGGAAUCAUCGCCCACAUCUCUACGAAUCCCGAAUGAAAAACUUUUGAAAAGAAUAAAAAAUCAAUCUAUUCGACAAAAACUAUAUGAUCAAUAUAUAAACAUCGCACAACAAGCAAAAAAAGAUAUGAUACAGUUGUGUCUCUCUACUGCUCAAGCUCAAAUGGAUCGAUAUCAUAAUGAAUUUAAUACUAAAUUAAAACAAUUCAAACUCCAAGAACAAUCAGAAGAAAAUGAUAAAAAAUUCAGCAGCAACAUGAUUCAUUUCAUUGAACAACACUGGACGAAUAUCAGUGAAGGUGUCCAACGUUUUUAUAAAUAUAAACAUGAUUUUGUUCGUUUAAAUUCUGUACAUGAUUAA